AUGGAUGUGCUAAGGGAAACGUUGGGCAUUAGUGCUGAUUUUCAGGCAAAAGCGAUAAUUGAUCAAGAUGAUCCUUACAGUAUUUUCUGCAAAGAACAUAAUCAGAUUGGCACAACAGCAAAUCAAAAACUUUCUGACGACCGAAAUAAACUAGAACAUAGAAGAGAAGUGUUACAUAACACUAUAGAUAAUAUAAUCCCACCAUUAAAAGAAUAUUUGAACGAAUUUAAGAAUACGCUAAAUGAACAUACUAGAGACCUUGAUAAUAUCCGAGAAAAAUCGACAUAUUUGAAAACACUCUUAGAAUACAAUUCAGAUAAAUUAAAGAAUAUAAGCCCAUUGGUGAAUGAUCUAAUUAUACCUCCUGAAGUAAUACAAGAUAUAUUACAUGGUAAGAUCGAUCAAUCGUGGCAAGAAAACAUCGACUUUAUAAUGGAUAAGCAGGAGAUCUAUAAGAAAUAUAAGGAUCAAGGUUUUGAUGGUUUAAAACCAAAAGAUUUUAAUGAUCUAUGUGAUAUUCUAGACGUUCUUAAAUUGGUAAUUCUGGAAAGAUCAAAGAAGUACAUAGUCUUUAAAAUUAAAUCAUUAAGAAGUAAUACUCCAGUUCCAUCACAAAAGCUACAAUACGAAUUGAUGAAUGUAAAUAAGAUUUUCCAGUUUAUGGUAGAAAAUAAUUUAUCUAUGGCACUCGAACUCCGUCAAGCCUACGCAUACACCAUGAAGUGGUAUUAUUCAGCAUAUUUUGGCAGAUACAUAAGAUCACUAACAAUUUUGUCAUUUAAAAACAUUGACAACCAUUAUGUUCUAGGUAACGGAUUAUCUAUUUCACCACCAGGCUAUGCUAAUACCAACAAUAGUGGAUAUUCCUUCUCGAGUUAUUUGAUGCCAACUUCCUUAUCAACUGCAACGGUGAGCGAUGAUUCAAUAAAUCAAUACUUUCAAGUGGAGCGAAGACUUGACUUACUUACCAAGGAGGAUAAUACUGUGAUGGUCUCCCAAAUUGCGGAACAUAAUCAAAGAGAAAACUAUUUAGAAAUUGGUUUCAAAAACUUAAACUUGGCCAUCUUAGAUAACUGUGCAGCCGAGUUUAAAUUUUUAUCCACAUUUUUUAAAACGAACCACAAUUCAGAAGGUGAAUUGAAUGGUGUUCUUGAACAGAUAUUCCAACCAACUUUUAACCAAGCAAUUGAAUAUACAAAACAACUAAUACAGAACACAUUUGAUAUAUUCGGCAUCUUAAUUUCAAUCAGAAUAACAAAUUUACUGCAGUAUUCAAUUAUACAGAAAUCUUUACCAUCUGCAAUUGACGAUUUUUUCAGUGUUCAAUUAAUUACCUUGUGGCCGAAAUUCCAGCAACUGAUAGAUAUACAAUGCCAAAAUAUUAGAAAACUAAAUAUAACUGUAAGACCAGGAAAAAAUACUGGAGUAGCUGAUAUUUUAUCGUCACCACAUGAAUUAACAGUACAGUUUGGUAAAAUGAUUUUCAGCCUUUUGACAUUAUCAGUCAAUCAUAAGGAGAAUGUGGAUGAACGUUCAGAACCUUUAUACCAAUCCAUACCUAGGUUGAGGAAUGAAUUUGAGACUGUAAUGACAAAAAUUAGUAAAACCACGAAGUCUCCAGAAAAGUUUUUAGCAGUAAAUUACUUGUAUUUGUACAAUUUGAUGCAGCAACAGAAGUUGACACACUUGACAGAAGAGAGCAUGUUGUCACCUGUUGUACAGCAAGGUACAUUUGAUCAACAAAUUGGUGAACAGCAAAGCAACAACGCCGUACCUUUAUUGAUCAAAGAAACAGAGGAUCAUUUUAAAUCAUUAGUUGAAGCAUUCAACAAGGAGUAA